UGUAACUGUAAGUCACCGAUGUAGACCCAGAACCAACUGAGGCUCCUUAAAAAGAAACCAACGCCAACAAUUGGGGCAGCUCAGAGCGGGGUUCCCUCGUAUUCUAUACUCGAAACAGCCCCAACAAUUUUGAAACCUCUCUGAUCCAUCAAUGCGACAGAUAUCGGAAGAGAAGAAGAAAACUUUCUGCCCCAACAAAGUAUAAAACCCGAGUCUCCGCUUUGGAUUGUCAUGUAUCAAAUCCGUUGACUGAGUCUCUCUAUUAUCUCUCUGCUCUUUUCAAAAGAGAGAGAAGGAGAGUACCCAUACUGCGAGAUCAGCGCCCACCAUGCCAUUGAAGCCCCUCAACACCUUCACCGUGGCCGUCAUGUUGGGCUUCACGCUCUUGCUCCUCUUCUUCUCCGGUUUCCUCGAAUUCCCAUCCGUAUCGAGCUCCAUCCAACCCAUCAACCGUCCCGGUUUGUCGGAGACCAAAUCCGAACCGGACCCAUUUACCAAUUUGAUCGGCGCUUUCCGGAAGUGGGACUCUCAGGUGGGUUGCGCUCGGUUCAAGGAGAUGCACAAAGCGUUGGUCCCAGUUCGGUCCAAUGGGUCUUCUUCUUUGCAAGAGCUUGGACUUGAAUGCCCUGAGCUGAAACUGGAUCAUGUCAGUGUUUUGGUGAAAGGGUGGACAUGGAUUCCUGACAAUUUGGACAAUUUGUAUUCGUGCCGCUGCGGGCUGAGCUGUUUGUGGACUAAGUCUUCUGUGCUUGCUGACCAGCCCGAUGCCUUGUUGUUCGAGACCACUACUCCUCCGCUUCAGAGACGCAUAGGAGAUCCAAUUCGUGUGUACAUGGAUCUCGAGGCUGGCAGGAAACGGUCAGGGGUAGAGGAUUUAUUUAUUAGUUAUCACGCCAAAGAUGACGUUCAGUCGACCUAUGCUGGUGCACUCUUUCAUAAUGGUCGAAAUUAUCAUGUGUCUUCUUUGAAGAACAAUGAUACACUUGUAUAUUGGUCUUCAUCACGCUGCCUUCCUCGAAGAAAUCAACUGGCCAGGCAGCUUCUGAGCUUGCUGCCUCACCAUUCAUUUGGCAAGUGCUUGAACAAUGUCGGCGGCCGAGACAUGGCCCUAUCUCUCUACCCUGAGUGCGCCAACGAUGCCAGCAUCACCCCAAAAUGGUGGGACCAUUUACAUUGUGCCAUGUCUCACUACAAGUUUGUUCUCGCCAUUGAAAACACCAUGACAGAGAGUUAUGUGACAGAGAAGCUAUUUUAUGCGCUAGACUCCGGUGCAGUGCCAAUCUAUUUCGGUGCACCCAAUGUCUGGGACUUUGUCCCUCCACAUUCAAUCAUAGAUGGGACUCAAUUCAGCUCCUUGGAGGAAUUGGCUUCUUAUGUAAAGGCCCUUGCCAAUGACCCAGCAGCCUAUGCAGAGUACCAUGCUUGGAGAAGAUGUGGUGUACUGGGUAACUAUGGAAGGACCCGUGAAAUGAGCCUUGACACAUUGCCUUGCCGGUUGUGUGAGGCUGUUAGCAAAAAAGGUGGGAGGAAUGGAAGAGCCAAUUGAAUUUUGGUGCUUUGUGUUUUUCUUGAGUUUGUUCUUACGGUGGUCAGAUCAUAGUUGAUCCUAGGAUUUUGCAUCCCAAUGUGAUGGGUUAUUUCUAGGUGUGUACAAAAAUGGAAUACAGAUAGAUUAUACAGUUGAAAAAAGCAGAUGUUAACCCGAAUCUAUUCAAUUUGUUGAGUCUUUGAUUCCCUCUAAUUAUUGCAAUGUAUCCCUUUUUUUUAACUUUAAGACUAAUGUUAUAUAUUACAUCUUUAUUUCAUUCUUAUUUUA